AAAUUGGUCUCCCGCCCCCUCCCCCAUCCUCUUAGCCGGCCCGGAGAGGGUAGGAUGGGGUGGAGCCGGGAGAGGCCGCUAUGAGGACCCUGAGAGCCAUGGCCAUGCAGAAAAUCUUUGCCCGGGAAAUCCUGGACUCCAGGGGCAACCCCACCGUGGAGGUGGACCUGUACACAACCAAGGGCCGAUUCCGAGCAGCUGUGCCUAGUGGAGCUUCCACAGGUAUCUAUGAAGCUCUGGAACUAAGAGAUGGAGACAAAUCUCGCUACUUGGGCAAAGGUGUCCUGAAGGCUGUGGAACACAUCAACAAGACUCUAGGUCCUGCUCUGCUGGAAAAGAAACUAAGCGUUGUGGAUCAAGAAAAAGUUGACAAGUUUAUGAUUGAGCUGGAUGGGACUGAGAAUAAAUCCAAGUUUGGGGCCAAUGCCAUCCUGGGAGUGUCCCUGGCUGUGUGCAAGGCUGGAGCAGCUGAGAAGGGGGUCCCGCUCUACCGACACAUUGCAGACCUUGCUGGGAACCCAGACUUGGUCCUCCCAGUUCCUGCUUUCAAUGUGAUCAAUGGGGGCUCCCAUGCUGGAAACAAGCUGGCCAUGCAGGAGUUCAUGAUUCUGCCUGUGGGAGCCAGCUCCUUCAAGGAAGCCAUGCGCAUUGGUGCUGAGGUCUACCACCACCUCAAGGGGGUCAUCAAGGCCAAGUAUGGGAAGGACGCCACCAAUGUGGGCGAUGAGGGCGGCUUUGCACCCAACAUCCUGGAGAACAAUGAGGCCCUGGAGCUGCUGAAGACGGCCAUCCAGGCAGCUGGCUACCCAGACAAGGUGGUGAUUGGUAUGGAUGUGGCGGCAUCUGAGUUCUAUCGCAAUGGGAAGUACGAUCUUGACUUCAAGUCACCUGAUGACCCCGCACGACACAUCACUGGAGAGAAGCUGGGGGAACUGUAUAAGAGCUUCAUUAAGAACUAUCCUGUGGUCUCCAUUGAAGACCCCUUUGACCAGGAUGACUGGGCUACUUGGACCUCAUUCCUCUCGGGGGUGGACAUCCAGAUUGUGGGAGAUGACCUCACAGUCACCAACCCCAAGAGAAUUGCCCAGGCCGUUGAGAAGAAGGCCUGCAACUGCUUGCUGCUGAAGGUCAACCAGAUUGGCUCAGUGACUGAAUCCAUCCAGGCCUGCAAACUGGCUCAGUCUAAUGGCUGGGGAGUGAUGGUGAGCCACCGGUCUGGGGAGACUGAAGACACAUUCAUUGCCGACCUCGUGGUGGGGCUCUGCACAGGACAGAUCAAGACUGGUGCCCCCUGCCGCUCAGAGCGUCUGGCCAAAUACAACCAGCUCAUGAGGAUUGAGGAGGCACUCGGGGACAAGGCUGUCUUUGCUGGACGCAAGUUCCGUAACCCAAAGGCCAAGUGAGAAGCUGGAGGCCCCAGGACCCCACAGGACAGAUGUAGGCCUUCAAGCCCUUGUCCCUGAAAUAAACACUGGUGUCAACCAAGA